CUUCAGCUAGCUGCUUGCGAGAGUCGAUUAGCAUUGCACUUGAAAUCACACUCAGUUACAAAAACCCGAAAAGUAAGUAAUGUAGGCCCUCCCUAGUUUUAUAUUCUGUAAAGUCUAAGAUUGAAAUGUGACCAAACCGAAGAAAACAAAGACACCUGUUUUCCUGGAUUGUAAAUGAAAAGAGUGUUCUGGCUGUGGAAAAAGGUCACGAAGCACUUGGCAGGCCCCCACUUCACAACCAGAAUGCAGACAAAUGGUUGACAACACCAAGCUGUCAAUGUUGACUUGGCCAACGAAUCCAUAGCCAUGGCUGAGCAGAUCGGUAGGAGCGAGAGCGGCAGCAGCACUGGCUGUGGAGACAGCAGCGGUGGCAGCGCCCCAGGCAGCCAAGGCUCCUUUGCCGAAGUCACUGUCAUCGACUCCCAGUUCCAGCACUUCAGUGGCUACAUUGAGGUCCUGCGGGUCUUCAAAUGCCGUCUCUGCACUUUCUGCAGCCCUCUGGAGCACGUCAUUGCCAGCCACAUGUCUGAGGUGCACUUCCCUCGCAGGUGCUUCCUCUGCAAGCAGUGCCUGUUCGUCUUCGAGGAUCGGGCCCAGCUGGCUAGCCACCUGGACUCGGCCCAUGGCACCAAGAGCAUUGCGGUCUGCUUCGGGGACACCGCUGUGCCAUCCAGUUACCCAUCAUCACCUCCGGCCAGCUUGAGGAUGAUGAUGGGGACAGCUGAGGGAGAGGAGAGGAUACAACAGCAGAUGAUGGAAGAGACGACUGGAGAGGAGACUAGGAAUGGACGAGUGACAUCCAGCACUGGUAACCUGGCCAAUCUAGCGAACGCAACCCACAGUAGUCCACCUCAAGUAGAUUCCAUGGAGCAUACUGCUGCAGAAUUAGGUGUUGCACAAGGAGAGGGAGGUACCUGUAGAGUAAGCAAACCCCCAUCUAUCGCUGGAGACACCAGACAGGAGCAGGUGCAGUCUCACAGUAGCUCCUGCCAUCCCAGCAGCUCCAACCAGGCCAACAGCAGCCCAGAAAUCAUUGACUGCGAGGCAGUAAUCACCAGGCCAGGGCAGCCGGAAGCACCCCCCACUCAGCGGCCACCAUCAUUGUCCGCAUCUCAGGCUCCCAGCUCAGAACUUCGCGUCACCAUUGGCAACACGUACUGUCAGUCCUACAUAAAGACAGAGCCCAUCAGCCCUGUCAGGAGUACCCAACCACAACCUGGGCAGAAGGCAAGGCCCUACCUUGGAAGAAGCCGGCACGACCCAAGAUCCUACAUGCGCCGCUGGUCCCUGACAGAGAACUCCUUGAGUGAAGACGGUGCAGUCAAUACCCCUUUCAGGAUGAGCCGCUCCUUUGACACACCAGGUUCUGGCAGUGCUUUGCAGGAUGGCAGUGUAGAGGAGGACAAAACCAACUCUGAGAGAAAUUCCAUUGCUCAAAAGAUUCCGAAAGCAACUCCAGGUAGUGCUGAUAGUGAACAUGGACCAAGGCAAAAAGAGGGGAAUUCAGAAAUUAGUAGGCCAGUGGAGGAUACAAAUGACAAGGAAGGUAGAGGUAAACCUGUCGAAAAGAGUAAAUCUUUUGAUACAGGUAAAACUUCCGAGAGCCACAAUUUACUGGGUGUAAAUAGGUCGUACAUAAGUGGGAGGUCCCUGGAUAGAAGGCCACCUCGUUUGGUUCGGCAAAAUGUAGUGGAAGAGAGUCCCAGAAGCUCACCUCAACUGAGGGUGGUGUCGGAGGACAAGUCUACUUCACAGGAGCAGAAUGAAAUAUCCACUGUGUCCAUACCUUGUGGUGCAGCAGAAGCUAUGCGGCGAGAGAAUUUUAGCCGUAGCUUUUCUGGUGGUAUUGGGAGACCUUCUGGGGAGUAUUUGUCAAAUUCCAAAUCAUCAGAGGGGAAUGCAGAUUUCCGACCAACACUGAGGGAUCUUGUCAGCAGCAGGAUGCAACGAGUUGAAAGGCAGCUGCCCCCAUCAACAACAGGAUCAGGCCAAGAUCCAGGCUUACCAGUCAGCAGUGUGGCAGUGCCUAUGAUGCGAUCGGGAAGGGUACGUAGUUAUAGCAUCAGCGAGGGAGACAUGCAGGGAUACCAGAAAAGCACACAUCCCGAUGGCUCUCCCAUUAAGGCAGCUGACGGACACGCCGAAGCAUCUGCUACAGAGACAGUCCAUCCUUCUGCCGUGCAUCAUAGAUUGCCUCCAGGCAAUCCCCAAGUACCUCCAGUGCUUCAUCAUCAUCAGUAUCCAGGGUUAGUCUACCAGCCCUACUCCAUUGAGGGGGAGCCCAAGCAUAUGAGGUACUAUAACCAGGGUCCAAGGAUGGCUGGUCCUGGCCCCUUGGAUGGCCCACCACGCCCAUUUCGGAUGAGGCAAGAAGAGAAUGGUCAGCCUGGCCCAAACCAACCAGUCGAAGAGUCUUUUCUCUACCGUUACCUACGCAACAACAACGGUCGUAAGUAUAGGCGAAACUCCAUCAGUGUAAGCACUUUGUCUUGCGAUGUACCACCUGCGGGUUUGAUGCCUUCACAUGGCAUUCCUCCUCGCGGAAUGGUGCCUCAUCCAGAGGGAGCAGAAAUGAUGAGCUUUGAGAGGCAGAGAGCAUCGGCCUGGGUACCCCGUCAUCACCCUGACCAUCCCUUCCAGCAUCAAGGACCCUUUCCCUCCCACAUGCCACCUUAUCCCAUGGCUUGGAAAGAUAAGUUUGAUGCUAGCCAGAUUUCUCCAAACGCCUCAGCUGGUGUCGACCAACGACAUGGUGUAGAGUACAGUGGACCUUCAGACAGAGACCCUGCAGCAAGAGGUGAGAUGGUCAAUGGUCCCAAUGGCAUAGUCCUGAUUGAUGGAAAGGUCGUGAGACCCAAGCAAGGUGAAGGGGGUGAGUCCAACCAAGAUCUAGCUAAGGACAUAACAAGGCAGGUCCAUGAGGCCAUGGGAGUCGCACAGGGUCUGUACACCCCUGGGGAUCGGCACCUGCUACCUUGGGUCGAGGGCAAUGACCGGUCGGAAUCGCCAGAUGACCCUAUGGAUGGAGAAGGUCUCGGCCAGCGACGCAGCCGCAAGUCAACCUUCAACAUCUACCGGGAGAUUCCCGAACGUAAGAGGAAGCUAGACCAUGAUGAGGAGGAGAAGAUCAAGCACAGCUACAAUGCUGACGGAAGCUUUGACUACUUCUCUCUAACUGGCUGGAAGGCGUACAAGUGCGACUUGUGCAAGAAGCGCCGCUUCAAAACAGCCUCAGAGCUGCAGGAGCACAAGCAACGAAAGCACGGCUUGCAGAGGAACCACAGCAGCCAAGGCAGUCUAAAUGGGCUUCCAGAAGCAGCUGCUGCUUUGACGGUAGUGGAAGCAAAUGAGCCCAAUGACUCCCCAUCAUCAGGUUGAAGAGAUGCGAGGGACUGGAUGUCUUUUUAUUUUGGCUUGCUGUUGCGUAUCUGCCGUACAUGUAGGUAAAGCCGCCUUACCUACACAAGUUGACGAAAUGUUGAUGGUCUCUUUUGAGGCAGUUGUCAUCGGUAAAGAUGUCAAAGGAGUCCAAGAGAUCAUUUCCAAGAUUGUUUUUGGUUGGCAGUCAUUGGUUGAUGCAUUGACAUGUCUUGCUUUCUGAGGGCUGCCCAUUUGACCUCCAUCUUCAAAAAGUCACACAAAUGCAAAACUUUGGUGACCGAUUUUGUCUUGGCUGUUAAGAAGGGUUUUAAGGUGGAUUGAUUGUGGAGAAAUGUGUUACUUCACGGUGUUUGUCAAUAUGCACUUGUUUAAGUGAACCUUUUGUGCUUCCCACACAAACAACAAUGCUAUUAACCAGAUAGUCCUACAUCACAUCAGUGUUUGCGAAUUAGUCUUUUUGUUCUUGUCGCUUUUUUUGGAAUGUUGCUUUUUAUUCACCCAUUUUAGAAAAGCCUAGGGUUUAAAUACAUGUUUUUAGGUCUCGCACAGAAGUGUUAAGUCAAUCAUUUUGGUUUUGUUUCUGGCAUGAUUGAUGUAAUGAUUACUUGAUGCUGGCACCUGGCACGAUUGGAAGAGAAAUGCAUUGUAUCUAUUGAUGUAAAACAUGAAGUGAAAUUGUGUAUAGAGGAAAUUUUAAAACUGGUACUUAUAUAUUUUUGUUUACGCAAGAGUUUGAAAGCCUUUUAUACAGCGAUUACAUUUUUUCCUUACUAUCCAUUUUAUAGCGAUAAAAUGCCUUGAUAAUCAGUGCUUCUCAAAAUACAGAGGGAAAAAAAUGGUUUUACUCCAGAAUCAAUUGUUUUUUGUAACCAGGAAGUGAGUUUGCUGAGAGAGAAAUACAUGUAGCUUGGUAUACAUGUAGGAAGAGAAGCUCUUUUUUAUGCGAAUGGGUUUCAGCAUUAGAAAAGGUUUGAGGGUUUUUUAGAAUUGGAUAACAUUACGGUUGCACUGUCAUAUACAUAUGUACAUGUACAUUGUACAUGUAUCCAUUCAUGUACUGUACUUGUAGCAUGGAUACACAUGUACAUGCACACUUGGUUGGUACAAUUAAUGUACAUGUACAUGUACGUGUACAUCACUGUUAAAAUGUGCCAUCUCAUAUGCAUACAAGUCAUGUACAAUCAAAGGGGGUACUACAUUUUAACCUCUAGGAGCACUAGAUUUCAAUUCAGAUAUUUUUUUACUGGUAUCUAACAUUUGGCCACUUUUGGUAUUUUUUUUUUUUUUAAACUCAACUAAAACUUAAAUAAAACUUUUGCAAAUUUCAGAUGUUGAACCUGACAUGCUCAUAUUCUAAACAUGGUAAACAAAAUUCAUCAAAAUCUGAGAGAAAUUGAUUUCGUUAUUAUGAAUUCUGUCUACAAAAUAACCACUGUACACUUAACAACGUGUACCUACAUUACAUGCUGACAUACAUUCAUGAACUCACUCAGUCUUUUAUGCACACAUUUACAUGUAUGUACAGGUACAUUUUGUACCUGCGCAUGAUGAAGUACAUUUGCUCACAGAAAAAAAUGGACAUUUGUCACUAGCAAAGGAAACAUUUUUUUGUGUGGUUUUGAUAGGAUGGUUAUUGGGACCGUUUGUAAGAAUUCCUUCAGGCAACUCUUUUCUGUGGUCAUGGAUGAAUUUGAUACAAUUUUUUCUAUCAUUUAUAAAGAAACUAUAUCCAUGAACUUGGAUUUUUUUUAUUAAACAUUUAGAUAAAGACUGGAAAAAAAUAGUAAUGUCUUUUUUCUCUAGAUUUUUUUUUCUCUUUUUUUUUCAAUUUUGUUGUGUAACACUCAGGAUAAAAGUCACUGAAUUUAUACAAAUACGUAAAUACAUGUAUAGACACAUGUAACUGCCUUUUGAAUCAAGUUAUUACUUUAAUUACGAACCAUGCGAGGCUGGGCCUUUGCAAUUUUUUACAGGAGCAAAAUAUCUGGCUUGUUUUUGACGGAAAAUCAAUGUACAGAGAGUGUGUGUGUUUUGAACUUUUCUGACCACAGUUCAUGUUAUACAUGUACUCAUGUUACUGGGCAGAAAAGAUACAAUUUGUAAGUUGAACUUAAUUAGUGCUUCCUUGAAGCACCCAGACUUGGUUACCUAAACAUGUAUAAGUGCAUGUCAUUCAUUUUAGGGAGAGGUAGAGUUGUCAUGGACACCAAUCAGUACCAUUUCAGAAGAUUUAUGGGCGUUGCCUGUCCUCAUGUUUAUGCAUGAGUUCAUGAGUCUGUAGAGCCAACUGUGUAAAACAAAGUCGAUAGAUCUCUCUCAAAUGACGUCACACCCCCUACAGAUUGUCACAUGCAUCGGCAAUUUGGGCGUCAAAUUUUCGUGACGGGCAUCCACUGCACCGUAUUUUGAAGAAAUUUCAAGCAUCAUGCGCGUGUGUUUAAAACAUUAUGCGCAUUGAGCGCACACGCACCUGAUAACAUUGAACACGCAGAUUUUCCUACAAAGAUGGCUGUCUAUGAGAGGGGUCUACCGGUAUUUACCUCUCAAAUGUACUGUACACGUUCUUUUCAGGCAAUUUCAAUGAAAACCAGUCAUUCGCAAAUCAGAGUAGGCAAAACCCAAUAAAGUUGGUCACAGAGCGAUUCAAUGAAAGUCUCGUUAUGUACAUGUAAUCGUAUAUGAUACAUGUAGCACUCGGUGAGUGUGUCUGCGUGACAGUCAGUCAGUUGGAUAGGCAAAAGGAGGACAGACACCAGCAAAUAAGUCACACACAUUUUUAGGUCUUGACUCGUUGACUUUACAGGUCAUUGGUAUCCCACAGUCUGGAUGCUUCAUUCAUGUAGUCUUUUGUACAGGUAUCAAUUAAUAUUUGGAACAUGUAAACUUGUAAUGCCUAUUGAUAUAAGCAGGUUUCCAUAGCCACUAUGGUUAAGCCUGGAAAUUGCAAUGUUAAUUGACUAACUAUGUAAAUUUGAAACAAAGAGAGUUGAUUUUGUAUAUAAAAAAACAACACUUUGUACUGCGAGUGGAAUUGGGCCAGGUGCCCCUUUAAUGAAACAUGUAUAUGUACUUAAGGGCCAUGCGUUUUUUUAAAAAGUAUUUACUCGCAUUUGAAAGAUUUGUAUCAUUGUUCAGAACACAGGCUGUGCAUUAUUGAAAGGAAGAUUUACGCCGGCCUUUUAGCAUUAACUUUGACAAGAAAAUUUGAGACCUUUUUUGUAUAUUUGAGAGGGUUUUUUUAUUUGUGAGCAGAAACUUUACGGAUUCUGAAUGACUGGAGCGCAUCACGAGCACUGCAUUGUUGUUGCAAAGAUGGCGCUUGCCGGAUACUUUUUUUUUCUGUUCAAGAUUUAAAGUGCAUAUGUAUUUUGAUGUAUGAAUUUUGUGUACAUUUGCAGCUGAAUCAACUGGAAAUUUAUUGCUACAUGCAAGUUGAUGUAUGUAUUUGUGAUGAAGGUCCUUCAGUCCAACAUAAAUUAUGUAUUUAAUGUGCGUACUUUGAUGUGCGUUCCAAGGCUGAGAUAAAUUAGCGUAUCUGUUACAUGUGUAUACAUGUAUUCGUGUAUGUGUGCGUGUCGAGACGUGUGCACACCUGAGGACCAACUGUGUUCGUUUGUUGUUGUUAAAUACAACGUAUGAUCCUCACAACUUAAACAUGUAUAAUCAAAAAGCCACUUUAUUCCCCACAUGCAUGUCAUACAGUAUAGUUAGAUAGUGUCGUGUCACCUGAAAGUUUGUCAUUUGAUACAAUUUGCCCCAAAUGGAAGUUUGUUUUGCUUAGCCACGUACCUGGUUAUCACUCAUUAUGCCAAAAAGAUUUGAACAGGGAUGUCUUGAGCAGUAUGAACAAUUAUACUAAAACUUGGAACCCCUUGAAAAAACUGCUAAAUUGGUGGUAUUCCAACUGCACUGAUGCACAUAUUCGCGUGAAGUUUGAUCCGGCCGUAAUGAUAUCGGAUUGAAAGCAGUUGUUGGGUUUUGGCCUCAUUUCCACAUUCCUGUGUAGUGUACUUUUGAUAAGGGAGUUCUGGCAUGCGAAUUUCAGUAUGGAAGUUCCUAAUGUCGGGUUCGUCAACCAAAAAAAAAAAAUUGUGAGGAGAGAGUCGGCGUGAUUUUCUGUAAAUGUACGCACAUGUAUACGUACCGGUACAUCAUGUACAAUACAUGCAGCGGUCCAGAAAUCAACAGACGCUCAUUUUGAAAGGACUUGGUUGAACGGUAUCUGUGCUUGAUAUCCCACGACAGUAUUUAAGAAUGUGCUUAUCAAGAUAGGGUUCUAGCAUAGUAAUCGAUGUGAAAGGAUUCAGGUAGCUUACAAGCACAACUACCCAGGAAGUUAGUAAAGGCAGAAAGGAAGUGGAGAAAUGUUUCAAGCAGGUGUAUUCUUGUCAAAUAGAAGAUAACCUUACCUAUUUAAUUGAACAUUAAUUCUUUUCCUUUAAGAUUUUCUGGUAAUUCAACGACAAAAAAUGAAGAUGUACACAUAAGUUUCCCAGAUGGGGGUUGCGGGAAAUACUUUCUUCAAAAAUUGGUUGCCUUCUAAAAAAAUGAUUUCAGCUAUUUUUGGAUUGGAACAUUUUCUGGGUUAUGUACAUGGUUUGGCAGAUCAGUGGAAAAUGCGCAUUCCCCCACAAUGAACACUAAACAAGGUAUCCAAUGGUAUGUGCUUCACUGGUCUGAAUUUAUCCAGAGCCAUUACAUGUAUUUCCUUGUUGGACCUACAUUCAUGUACAAUGUACUUCUCCAUUUUUAGUUUUUAAUUUACAAAUGAAAAUGAUUUUAAUGCAAUAUUUGUGCAAAUCUUAAGUUGAAAUCUAAAAUGUAAAAUCUCAGUGUUCAGAUUUACUGAUUUUAAAGAAAAAUUCGAAUUUUAAUGUUAACUUAUCUUUAUAAAUAAAUUCCACCAAUUGUAGAAUUGUUUAUCAGCAAUUAUGCAGAAGCGUUGAUAGUGUAUUCCAGACGUCAGUGAAAUCAGGAGGAAUUUAUUAAACAUACUGGAAAUAUGUAUCCCCACGAAUGUGCAUGUUCCCCCCCCCC